AUGUGGAAACGUUCCUCCAUCGCUGAGAAUGAAGAACGCGGAGUUGGUGGCAUAUUCUUUGAUGAUCUUGAUAGUUCACCCCAAGAGGAUAUUUUCACGUUCGUCAGGGACUGUGCUGCGGCUGUUGCACCUUCUUACUUACCCAUAAUUGUUAGACGUAUGCUCACCCCCUACUCCGACCGGGACAGACACUGGCAACUUAUUCGUCGGGGUCGUUACGUCGAGUUCAAUCUAAUCUACGAUCGUGGAACUAAGUUCGGUCUCUUUACUCCCGAGGCUAGAAUUGAGAGUAUCUUCGUCUCCAUGCCUCCUCUUGCUGAAUGGGUCUAUUGUCAUAAACCGUGUGAGGAUAAACGUCAUCAAGAAUUGAUGGAUGUACUCACGAAACCACGUGAAUGGGCGUAA